AAUCUUCGCACCGAAUAUUCGGAGUUAUUGUGGUACAAGUAUUAACUAACUGGCGCAACCCGCUUGGGACUGUAUCCGCAGUACCAUGAACAGCGCGCAUAAUACCUCAAAUAUUCCCUGCGAAAUUUGGCUUGAAAUAUUCAAGCUUGCCUGUAUGGAUGGCCGCUCUACUUGGCGCGCUCUCUCCCUAGUCUCUAGGCUCUUCUACAAUCUUGCCAAAGAAACGCGAUUCCAUAGCGUUUUUGUGUACGGCCUAAGUCAACUAAACGCCCUAUAUUCGGUUCUUUGCGAGACUUCUCCGACGUACAGACGCGUUCACCAUUUCUAUUUCGACAUGGAAGUACAUCCGAACGAUUCUGAGAGUUCCAAAAAGGAGUUGGCCGCCUACAGGUCGAAUCGUGCUGUAUUUGACUUUUAUCAGGAUCACCUGUACGAGCACCUCAUGGACAUGAUGUCUCCGACGCUUGAAACACUCCAUGUUUAUCACAGGGGGUUUUGCGGCAGCGAUAUGCUGCCGCCAGUGUCGCUUCCCUUCCUUGUAGAGUUGUCAUUUCGUGGGCCGUUUCCCGUUCAUGUAUCGGAGAAUGGGCACCUAUUACCGGUCUUUCCUCGCCUUCGAUACCUCCACUAUGAGGAUUUUGACGACUAUCCCCCUGAUUUAUUUUCCCGCCUUGCUCGUCAGGCACCUUCACUUACUCACCUCUACUUGAAACCUACACGACCGUCCAGACGGCUCUACGCCGAACUGGAAAAGUCUUUGAGUAGGGCGAAGGGUGAAUAUCCACAUCCUUGCAUGCGCAUGGACUUUCCGUUCUCUGUUCGUAGAGUGUACAUAGAAGUGGGUCCGGAGGUGUUUUCUGUCACUAAGGGGACGAUGAAUCUUCACGGGAUGACAUUAGAGAGGCUGUCUUCUGUUACCUGCGGUGAUACGAAAGUCGUGGUGACGAUCAAUGGAACUGAUGCAUAGCAUAGCAUAGAUAGUUGUAAAGCAUUCGGUGAAGAACCAUGGUGACGGGUUGAAGUUUGGAAGACAGUGCGUCGUAG